GUGGGUAUCACACAAGGUCAGUCAGCAAAUCCUGCUCUAAAAAUAGAUGCCAGUUUCAAAGUUGGCAAAGAUUUCCUUUGCCGUCCCUGUCACACUCCGAAGAUCCACGCUACCUACAGCUCCUGGAUAAAGUCACAGGUAAGGCAAGAUGAGAGAAUGCUGGACUCCCUUUUCGCCCUUUCCCUUAAAAAAUUCUGGGAGAGGACAACCAGGCAAGGGGGGAAACUGAACGUUUAGCUGCCUUUGCAAAGGAGCUGCUGGCUUCUUAAAACCAUUUCAGGGAAGAGGCACAAGUAACAUUAGAGAUUCAUUCAUUUGGGGAUACAGUGAGGUCAUUCAGCAUUCCAAAAUAUUAUACAAUGAGCUGCACUUCUUUCUUUCCUAUUGGGCGAAGCUUUUUAUCGUUUAUGCUAAACGGAGAUCUGUUUUGGGAGAUUUUAAAAUCUACUCUGGGGAUCUUUUAGAUGCUCUCCCCUCCCUUCUCCUCUGCUCCUCAGCUCUUUAUUUUCUUUCAGUUCCCCUUCCCUUACAUCGAAUUCUGUUGCCCUGCUUCUACUAUAGAUGGCUUGUGUCUGUCAUUCAGGAAAUUUUAAUGCCUUAUGUCAGCCAACCCAGCUGAACUGGCUUCAUGUUAACCACAUGCGCUGGCAGUGAAGACCAAGUGCGAAAACGAUUUUUAAAAAAGAAAUUGCUGGCCUGUAGAAUAUACAAGCGAGUAGAGAAGAGAUGCAGACAGAGGGUAAAGGAAUAGUGACAUAAAAGAGAUUAUACGCAAACUCGUUUUAAACUACAACUGCACAAGACAAACACAGAAAAACCUCUUCACAAUUUCCCCUUCCCCUAAAGAAACAACCACCAAAAACAAUAUCUGAGAAAUUAGAAUGAUAAGGAUUAAAUUAACUUUUUUUUGUUUUGUUUUAAGAAAGUUAGAGGGGAUUCUUUUCAAAGAAGCUAUUGCCAUUAAAUCAACCGAAAAUCAAUUCGGCAGGAUUGUUAGCAGCAUAUUUUCAGACAUCAAUCUUCCAUUCAUUUUUAGUUGCUGUCGUUGUUUUAGUGGGAGAUCUGAAGUAAAGUCAUCCCUGCGCCAUGAAAACUACAUUGUUUGCAAAUAUUGCAUCUUUGAUCAGAUAAGCAUAUUGAAAUCCAGGGCCUGCCUUCUCUCCUAAUAAGUGACAGGUACAUAGUGAGCCACGAGGCUCCUUUGGGUGGUUGCUAGGAUUUGCAAAAUAUCAUGUAACCAGAGUAGCACUUUAAGGUCUCCACAGCAGGAGUGCCAUUUUGAGAGGGCAGUGGGGUUGUUGCACCUGCUCCUAUUUCUCCUGCCAUGCCUAUGGUUCCGCUUUAAUACAGAAAUUGGGUAACUGAUCCGUGUUGGCAAAAUGUUGCUAUAGUUAUUAGGAGCUAGAAACAAUAAGUAAAGAAAUACUCUUAAAAUGCAUUGCUUCAGCAUUAUCCAUUUAAAACUCAAAUAUAUCCAAAAGAUGACCCUUGGACCUUAACUGAGAAUCUUGCUCUCCCACCCCACCCCAUUCAUCAUGCCUUGCAAGUGUCCCAGAGAAAACAGAACAGGACAUCCAGUUUUCUCAUGCAAGAGCACAGUGGCCAUUGGGAGUACUGUGAACUUGUGAUUUCGCGCUGAAAUCUCACACCCCCAAAAUGCACUUUUUGGGGGGAGAUGCAAUUACGCAACCCUGUGCAGUGCUCCAACAUGCGCAAGCACGUCCCCCCAAAAAAGCACGUCUUUUUGACUCCAUCAUCUCGCACAGAUUACAGACGCACAUCCCAGUCUGGGGACUCAAGAAGUUGGAGGGUAUGCAUUCAAACACGCAGUCUCUCUCCAUAGCCUACCGAUACCUGAUCUGCUGUGCUAAGCAUGGGCAGCCUGAUCCACAAGAAUUCUUUUGGCACAGACAGAUCCUAUGGCAGUGCUCAGUCCUGCCUCAACAGAGGGGUCAGCAGCUAACAUGCAUUCUGAUCUGUACAUGGGGCACAGAAGCAGACACAACAGACCCCUGUGUUGGCUCCUCCCCUCUACCUUGCGCUAGUAGUGUAGGACUAGUGCAAGGAGCUAGACUUUUAUGAGUCAAUGUUGCUGAAGAAAAAAAGGUGUGAAGUCAGCUUUACAGGUACUUAGGGAAUCAAAGAAUUGUAGAGUUGGAAGCGACCCCAAGUCCAGCCCCCUACGAUGCAGGAAUAUGCAGCUGUCCCAUACAGGGAUUGAACCUGCAACUUUGGCAUCAUCAGCAUCACACUCUAACCAACAGAGCUAUCCAAGCUGAUUAUCUUGUGAAGCAAGUUCAGGGUAAACUGUCCCUCCUGGUGCUUUACACCAGCCUCCCCAAGCCUGGUGACUUCCAGAUGUUGUUGGACUAGAUCCCACCUACUUCCUAACCAUGGACCAUGCUAGCUGGAGACUGGUGGUAGCUGGAAACCUAACAUCUCCUGGAAGAUACCAGGCUGGAGUAGGUUGCUUUUGCAAAAUCCACCCUGCCAAUGCAUUUUGUAACAAUAGCCAUCUUUCUGCCUGGAAAGUCAAGGGUGCGAUGAAACAGGAGGUUUGGCAUAAGAGAGAUUUGGUCUGAACCCGACUAAACGUGGCCAUUGUGGCAUCGCUCUGGCCCCCUCAGAAGCCUGCUGUGACAACUCUGCAAGGCGCUUUAGGGACAAAAUUGCCGGAUGCCACAGCUAGAGCAAGUCCAGUGGUGUGUUUAGAGCAUGGUUUGUUCAAUCUAUACUAGAUCAGUUUAGAUUAUUGCAACCUGGGGAUGCGGAGGGCAAGUUGCUUGAAGUAUAGCUGGCCAUCUGGCUCCUUGACCCUUGUCCAUUUUUGGCUUCUUAGAGCUAGCCAUAGGGGGCUGACUGGACGGGUCCAGGAAGUAAUUAAGGCUUCAUUGGAGAAGGGGAAGAUACAAUCUUCCUUGAUGGAGGUGGUUGAACAACUACCAAGAGUCAAAUAUCCCCUUUGCGGGGCAAAGUGGUGGUGGUUCAACUUCAGGCAUGCUUGGAAGAAGCCGAUGACUUGGAUCCAUUCCACUCUGGCUUCACGCCUGGUCAUGACACUGAAAAUGCACCCAUCACCUUGGUUGAUUGCUUUGACCAGGAGAGAGAUGGACAGCAUGGCACAGUUUGUUCUCCUCCCUCUUUCAGCUGCUUUCGAUAUUGCUAACUACAAUAUCCUUCUAGAGCGGCCCAGGGAGGUGGUGGCUGGGAGCACUGUGCUUCAGUGGUGGAUGUGGGUGGCGCUGUGGUCUAGACCUCUGAGCCUCUUGGGCUGGCCGAUCAGGAGAUCGGUGGUUCGAAUCCCCGCGACGGGGUGAGCUCCCGUUGCUCUGUCCCAGCUCCUGCCAACCUAGCAGUUCAAAAGCACGGCAGUGCAAGUAGAUAAACCGCUGCGGUGGGAAGGUAAAUGGCAUUUCCGUGUGCUCUGGUUUCCAUUACAGUGUUCCAUUGCACCAGAAGUGAUUUAGUCAUUCUGGCCACAUAACCCAGAAAGCUGUCUGUGGACAAAUGCCGGCUCCCUCAGCCUGAAAGCGAGAUGAGCACCGCAACCCCAUGGUUGCCUUUGACUGGACUUAACCGUCCAGGGGUCCUUUACCUUUUACUUUGAUUCAGUGAUUCUGUUCUUACCUCCUGGGAUGUUUCCAGAAUGUGGUCAUGAGAGCCUGCUGUCCAGUGCCAUGGGAGUUGCCCUGUGAUGCCCCACAGAGUUCCAUCUUGUCCCCUGUGCUAUUUAACAUCUAAAUGAAGCCUCUGGGCGUUGUUAUCAGGAGAUUUGGAAGUGCUAUCAAUUUGCAGAUGACACCUAGCUCUAUCUCUCAAUCUUCACCUGAAUCAGGAGAGGCAGCUAACAACAACAACAACAACAACAAUUUAUUAUUUAUACCCCACCCAUCUGGCUGGGUUUCCCCAGGCACUCUGGGUGGCUUGCAACAAAAUAUUAAAAUACAGAAAUGCACCAAACAUUAAAAGCUUCCCUAAACAGGGCUGCUUUCAGAUGUCUUCUAAAAGUCUGAUAGUUGUUCUCUUUGACAUCUGGUGGGAGGGCGUUCCACAGGGUGGGCGCCACUACUGAGAAGGCCCUCUGCCUGGUUCCCUGUAACUUGGCUUCUCGCAGUGAGGGAACUGCCAGAAGGCCCUCAGUGCUGGACCUCAGUGUCCGGGGAGAACGAUGGGGGUGGAGACGCUCCUUCAGAUAUACUGGACUGAGGCCGUUGAGGUGUUAGACCAUUGCUUGGAGGUGAUGGGCUGGGCAUGGGCCAGUAAGCUGAACCCUGAAGACCACCUUCAUCCCUACAGACCCUCUCAGGUGCUGAAAUCAGCAGAGCGGGCCUUCUUGUUUAUUCCACUACACUCAGAAGAUUGUGGGGUGGUGGCCUGGGAGAGGGCAUUUUCUGUGGCAUCCCCUAAGUUGUGGCUCUCCGUCCCCACAGGGGUGCACCUGACAUCUUCAUUAGACAGCUUUCGGGGAAUGUUGAAGACACACCUCUUUUCCCAGGCCCUUGACCCUUGAGAUGUGCAUUUUUAGGACCCACCUUAUUUCUGUGAUUGUAAGUUGUUUUGAACUGUUUUUCAUACUGUGUUUUAAUUGUUCUAACCCACCCUGGUAUUUUAGGGUGAAGGGUGGGUAAUUAAUACAACAGCAACUUCCUAGCAAACGGAUCAGGAUGAAUGCCCAAUUAACAGGCUGCCUGGAAGCAAUGCAUUUGUAAAUAAGUUUAUAGGAAGCAUGAUGACUUCUAAAAACAGACAGCAAAUCCCCAGAAAAUAGCACCCUCCCCAACAGAAUACCCCCAGUUUCAACUAUCUCUGGAAAUAAACCCUCGGCUCUCACUCUCUCUAAAACUGCUGGGUUUCGUCUCCUGAUGGGUCUCUCUCUAAUAACUUGAGAAAUUCUGGGCCAUCAGGAGACCAUCACAGGUCAAUAGCUUGUAUGGGGGCUCAUCCACACUUCUGCUUGUACCAUUGCUUUUCCCCAGACAAACCUGCUCUUUACUGCUGAAUCAGAGCAAACAUCAGCAGGGUUUUCUGCAGAUUGAUGCUUGCUAUGAUUAAGCAGUAAAGAACAGCUUUUCCCAGGGAAAGUGGCAGGGAAAAUGCUAGAAAAUCCCUCGAAAGCACAGGAAAAGUGGAAAACUGCUCAGACCCAUGCUUUCUAGGCAUGGGACAAGUAAAGUGUGGAUGAGUCCUUGAUGAAGCAUCAACCACCAUCCUGGAAAACAAAGCUAUCAAUCCACAAAUGAUCAGACAGCACCUACACCAAUGCACUCCACAUUUAAUGCAAAUUGGCUGGUGUGUGAUCUGGGCUUUGUCCAUUUGGAUUAUGAUGGUGGAAAGUGGUCAGGCUUCUUUUGCCCUGAGCCAGAGAAGGAAACAGAUCAUCUUCCCAUGCCCUCUGAAUUGACUCAAGACCACCAAGCACUGAAAGCAGACAGCAACAGGGAACAAGGAGUACCGUAGCUGUGCACCUGGUGAACAGCUAACCUUAGAUCAUGGCCCUCCAGUUAUUGUUUGACUACAACUCCCAUCAGUCCAAGCCAGCAUACCGUAUUUUUCGCCCUAUAGGACGCACUUUUCCCCCUCCAAAAACGAAGGGGAAAUGUGUGUGCGUCCUAUGGGGCGAAUGCAGGCUUUCGCUGAAGCCUGGAGAGCGAGAGGGGUCGGUGUGCACUGACCCCUCUCGCUCUCCAGGCUUCAGGAAGCUCUGCGCAACCCUCGGGAGACCGGCGCGAAGUCGCGCCGGUCUCCCGAGGGCUGCGCAGAGCUGCCUGCAGUCCCGGGCUUCGCGCAGCUCUGCGGAUAGCAGGCUCAGGCUUCCCCCGCGCCAGCCCCACGCCUGGGGGGGAAAUGAUUUUUUUUUCUUUAUUUCCGCCCCCCCCCCCAAAAAAACUAGGUGCGUCCUAUAGGGCGGUGCGCCCUAUGGGGUGAAAAAUACGGUAGUUAAAAUCUGAGAUGGAAGCUGUAGUCCUGCAACAGCUGGAGAGAUUCUCGUUCCGCAUCCCUGCUCUAGAUAGUCAAAGUUACACGGAAAUGAAAUCUGUUCUAAUAGUUACCUUGCAAAGGCAUUCAAUAUUCCCAUGCAAUUUCUGCAAACCAGCCAGCCAGCCAAUGGAUGACCAAGUAUCAUGGAAUUUGGUUUCCAAGGUAUGAAAAACCUACCCCAGGAGACCACCAGCCAAACCAUGAAUAAAACAUCAUCCUUUAUCACACCUCUGUUUGACAGUUAUUUUUGUGAACUCCUCAAAAGCAAUGGCUUAGCUGCUGGCCUCUCCCAAAUAUCUUUCACAGUGAAGACUGAGACAGAUUUUUUUGCAUGUAUUCAGUUUCCGCUUCUUCCUUUAGUAUUUCUUUCAUACCUUAUUCUUCAAAAAGCCCCACUCUCUUAUUUGCUGGUGUGGCGUUCGUCCGGAGCCCCCGGUCGUCUCAUGGACUAUUGACCUGUACACCACUAAUCCACUGCCACCAACCAGGUCCUCCCCAGUAAAUCACUUAGUCUCAGUCAGGUUCUCACCUUAACAAAGAAGAGUGUAGUUUACUGCAGACACAAACAAACAUUAACUGCAUUCCAAACAUUGUUACUCUUUACCUUCUUAGUCUUAUUUUAUCCUGUCUCUAUCUCUUCUACUUCCCCCUCACACAAGAACCCACUGCACUAACUGUCUAUUUCCAACCACCUGCCAACUGCAUUUCCAACUGCCUUUCCAAACCAACCAACCAACCCACUAAAACCAACCAACUAACCACACCCAAACCUCAGGCUAAGCCCUUUUAUAAACAGGUAGGCUCCGCCUCCGGCUUUCCUAUUGGUCUACCUGUUAACCCUUUCUCUCUACCCUGUACAGACAUUUUCAAACGAAUGGGCAAACGCCACAGCUGGUUUCCUGUCUUUUUAAUGUACAGUGGUACCUCUGGUUACAUACUUAAGUCAUCCUGGAGGUCUGUUCUUAACCUGAAACUGUUCUUAACCUGAAGCACCACUUUAGCUAAUAGGGCCUUCCGCUGCUGCCGCGCCACCGCCACGCGAUUUCUGUUCUCAUCCUGAAGCAAAGUUCUUAACCCGAGGUUCUAUUUCUGGGUUGGCAGAGUCUGUAACCUGAAGCAUAUGUAACCCGAGGUACCACUGUAUUUAAAUAUAUUUUGCCAGAGUCGCCUUGAACACUAUGCUAAAUAUAGCAUCUGUGACUUAGCUCUCUUUCCCCCCCAAAUAAUAUUUAUUAUUUUCAGUAGAUAAACAUAAUAAAAAAGAAGAGAUUAAUAAUAUAGACAAACAAAAAAUAGGAGAAAAAGAGAAAAAAGAAAAAAGAUACAUACAACAUAUUACCACUUAAUUAAUUAAAAUUAAGUAUCAUCCAUCUUCAUAAACAUAGUAUUUGACUUAGCUCUCUUUUGACUAGAUCCAGAUUUGAUUCCAGAUCUGAAAAAAUUCCUCUUCUGAAAUUAACUGAGUGUAUGAAAUUUUCUGAACAAUUUCCCAUCCACAUACCUUUUAAAUCUGGGAGCAAUCAAGUCAUUGUUCCCAAGUGAUUUGAGGUCUUUCACGAGAUCCUGGGUAUUGCUCACACAAAUGUGUCUCUUGACCACAAACUAAAUUUGCAUUUAUGCAAUCAAUUUGAUGAGCGUGGAAGUCAUUCUCAUAAGAUCUCCUUUAGCUGCUUCUCUGAUUUUUUAAAACGUCUGUAAAUCACCAUCAGAACUUGGUUUAGGGGAGUAUUACUAUUUUCCUGUUUCGGCCUGAUUCUUCUACACAUAAUGAUUCUACAGCUAAAUCUGUUUCUUGUACAAGUUCUGAUUUAUGGCCCUCUGUGCCUUCUUUGACAUAUAUAUCAAUGCAACUCUCAACCCAAUACAACUAUACUCUGCCCUUUUCAUAGAUUUUAAAUCUAGAGAUAAGCAUCUUUUUGUUCUCCUAGUGUUCUCUGAUAAGCCCAGAGAAGCCUUAUUUUUUCCUGUAAGCAAAUGUCAGACACUCUGCUUCCCCCAACUUGGCUCAAUCUUCUAGCAUUAGCAUAGAAACACAUACAUCGUGUGAUCCUUCUUGAAAUGUUUUCAUUGUGCGUCAUUGUCCCAGUGACACUGCAGCCUAUUUUGUUGUCUGCCAUUAGUUUCCAUGUGCUCACUGUCAACUUCUAUCCUCCCUUCAUUGAUUUAUUGCCUGUCUGUAAAUAUACCACUUUCCUGCCAAGGCACUCAAAGCAAUUAGGGCCCUAAUGGCAGCUCAGAAUGUUUUAGAUCAUCUUCCCCCAGCGGAUGAGUCAUCUUGAACGGGAUGCCAUUCGGCUUUUCUCUGGAAGUCAGCUGAAAAGCUGCUCCAUAAUUGUAAUACGAUUAUAAUUAUCAUAUUAUCAUCACACCAGAAAUCUGGUUCCAUUACAGGAGUCAAAGGCACAACAUUACCAGGAAGUUGCCCUAUUCCAUCCCCGCCGAAAUUAAUGGAAGCUCAAGAAGACAGUGAGAGGAGAGACGAUGGACAAGCCUGGCUUUCACCAGCCAACAGGCUUUCUUACUUGUUGUUGUUUAGUCGUGUCUGACUCUUCGUGACCCCAUGGACCAGAGCACGCCAGGCCCUCCUGUCAUCCACUGCCUCCCGCAGUUUGGUCAAAAUCAUGCUGGUAGCUUCAAGAACACUAUCCAACCAUCUCGUCCUCUGUCGUCCCCUUCUCCUUGUGCCCUCCAUCUUUCCCAACAUCAGGGUCUUUUCCAGGGAGUCUUCUCUUCUCAUGAGGUGGCCAAAGUAUUGGAGCCUCAGCUUCACGAUCUGUCCUUCCAGUGAGCACUCAGGGCUGAUUUCCUUCAGAAUGGAUAGGUUUGAUCUUCUUGCAGUCCAUGGGACUCUCAAGAGUCUCCUCCAGCACCAUAAUUCAAAAGCAUCAAUUCUUACAAAGCCCUUAAAAUCCAGCCGUUGCUUCUAAAUUGGAGUUUUGAAACCUCAACACAACACUCACAGCCCCUGCCUGCCUGAGAGGAAACCCUGUUUGUUCAGUCCUACCUACACAGCCAAAAUUCCAUGUUUGUAGACGCGCAUUAUUGUGAGGGGAGAAGGUUCGCCAUACAAGUCCAGCCGCCAAGAGCUUGUCUGACAUUGUUUGGGUCCAUAAAGAAAGGUAAGCGGGUGUCUUAGCUUUACCUCAUCAGCAGCCUUGCUGUAGGUAUAUUAUUGUGUUUGCUGUGGAAAUGACCAGUUUAACUGCCUCACAAUGAGCAUUCUAAGCCAUAAGCCACCCACCGGUUAGACUCUCUUGGAGGAAGCCAUAUUUUACAUAUGGAGAAUGACUAACUUCUGGCCCAGGAGGUUACUUCAGAAAGGGGGAACAGGUACAAUCCUAGACAGCUCUUGAAAUGAGCACUUUCUCAUCUACCCCACCCCAAUUAAAAUGUCACCCUAGACAGGAGCGAGUGCAAAUAAUGGGGCUGGGAUCAGAUUUCUUUUUAAGCACUUCACAAAGUUUGGCAAAUACAACCCCCAAUUACUUCAUGGUAUGUGUGGUGCUGUUUUUUUUAAAAAAAGGUUUUGAAUAGAGCCAGGUACCUCAAAGCUUCAGAAACACAAAAACGAUUUGGAUGUUAGGUCCUCAAUAUUUGACUAACCUUUCUCACAAUACCACUGCUUCGGCUUUUUCAUUCCAGAGACGAGAGGUUGAGUUGGCCAAUAUUUUAAAUUUUUCAUUAUAAGCUCCUCCAGAGUCAAAGCAGAAACAUAUGUUCCGCCUGAGGGCAGAGUGAAGCUGAGAUGCCUCUCAUCCAUAAUCUCCAGUUUAAAUUACCCCCUCUGUGCUGCAAAAAAGAAAAAGAAAAAAAAAAUUGCCACCCAGAGAGGCGCUUUUCAUCAGUCAAAAAUUGUCAUAUAAAUAGCCUUAUUCCCCCCCCCUUUUAAAAAAACAGUCCUAAUAGGCCUGUUGUAAGGUACAACAGGUGGGAUGUGGGUGGCGCUGUGGGUUAAACCACAGAACCUAGGACUUGCCGAUCAGAAGGUCGGCAGUUCGAAUCCCCACGACGGGGUGAGCUCCUGUUGCUUGGUCCCUGCUCCUGCCAACCUAGCAGUUCAAAAGCACGUCAAAGUGCAAGUAGAUAAAUAGGUACCGCUCCGGCAGGAAGGUAAACGGUGUUUCCGUGCGCUGCUCUGGUUCGCCAGAAGCGGCUUAGUCAUGCUAGCCAUAUGACCCGGAAGCUGCACGCCGGCUCCCUCGGCCAAUAAAGCGAGAUGAGCGCCGCAACCCCAGAGUCGGUCACGACUGGACCUAAUGGUCGGGGGUCCCUUUACCUUUACCUAAGGUACAACAAUGCCAAUAUAAUCUCUAGGGAGAACUGUGUUCACUUGGGUCUCUUAACAGCAACCUCACCUUCUGCUUGGUGUUGCAGGUUUUUGGAUUUUGUUUCCACCGUCAUCCAUCAAACUCUUCGAUGGCCCUGAAAUCUGGGAAGAUCAGUGCUUAUGCAGCCGUCAAAGUAGACCCCAAUGGGGACUACUGCACCCCUGGAGCGUUUGACCUGGAGAGGCUCUUCUGGAAAGGCAGCCCAAAGUACACCCACGUCAACGAAGUCUGGCCCAACCUCUACAUAGGAGAUGAGUAAGUUAUGCCAAGACACAUGGCCUCCAGUAGUCAUGGAGAGCAUUAUGCCUGUAAUGACUGGAUCACAGUGGAAAUGUGGCUCUGACAUCAUCCUCUCUGGGCUAUGCUGUGCAAAUGCAAGUGUAGAUUCUGUGUAGGAUAAUUGAAAGGUAUUUCUGGGGCAGGAGGGAAAUAAAAGGGUUUAGAGGUUUGGUAGGUGGCCUUAAAAUGACCCAUCAGAGAAUAAUAAUAAUAAUAAUAAUAAUAAUAAUAAUAAUUUUAUUUAUACCCUGCCCUUCCCGGUUCAAAAGCCAGGCUCAGGGUGGCUAACAACAAAUUUAAAACACUUAAUUAUAAAAGCAGCAUAAAACACAGUAUAAAAACAUGAAUAACAAUAACAUUCAAAAAUCAAUUAGAUAAUUCCCAGGGGCAGCUGGCUGGAAUUGGUCCUACUUGGGCCAGCGAGGAGACCAGGGGAGAAUUAGCUGUGGGGUCUUAGAGCGGGUGAUCUUCAUAAAAGGGGAGGGGGAGGGAAGAGAAGGGAAAUAAGAGAUCAGGCUGAAUUCAAAUUAAAAGCCAGGCGGAAUAGCUCUGUCUUACAGGCCCGACAGAAGGAGGUUAAAUCCUGCAGGGCCCUAGUCUCAUGGGACAGAGCAUUCCACCAGGUCGGAGCCAUCACUGAAAAGGCCCUGGCCCUGGUGGAGGAUAGUCUGACUCCCUUAGGGCCUGGGACCUCUAAACUAUGGUUAUUCAUGGACCUUAAGGUCCUCUGCGGGGCAUACCAGGAGAGGUGGUCCCAUAAAUACGAGGGCCCUAAUUUGUCCCUUCUUCACAAUUCUAACCACUCCCUGCCUGUUUUAUGUCAGCAUUUGCUUGAAAUUUGUACACAUACUGAUCCCCUGAAGAGCUGUGUAUGGAGAAAAAUCAGCUUGGGCGAGAGAUGAUUUUGAGUGAGAGAGCAUUGGUGGGAAAGACACCCCGGAGUCUUCCCUCCCCACACCCGCAAUGCUGUCUCUCUGCUCCAAAUCAAAGCCUCCCCAAAGCUGCUUUACAUUAAAAAGAGAAGAAGAAACCCACCCAAAACUUACAUGCAUUUUGGUGCAACAUCUAAUUUGCCCUUCAUUCCUUUUGCAACAGAAUGCUGUUGUAGACACUGCCCAGAAGGAAUGAAACUUUUACAAGCGCUUUCAGACAUGUAAUAAACAAAGCUUCGAGUUUCAUGGGAUGCUACCCUUUCCAAAGUCUUUUACUGGGGAGCUGCAAGAAUGUAAUGCCAGGAAUUGGACACUUUUAUGAAAAAGCAGAUAUUUAAAAAUAGAUGGUGCAGGGCUCCUUUUCGGAACCGAUACUCAUAUUGAACUUGUAAUGUUUAAAAACUGCUUUAUAUUUAAAAGUGGGUGUCCUAUCAUGCAAAACUUUUUUAAAAAUGUAUUUUUAAAAGAACACAUGGAUUUCACUACGUGGCACCUUAAUUAAAGGCCAGAGCCAGAAAGCAUCAAUUCAGACACAAUAUAUGUAUCAAACUUCUUUUUGGGGUGGGGGGUGGGGCGGAGAUAGUUAUAUUAGGAACCCCUAACAACAAGGAAGUCCAAAAAUGGAAUUACCAGGAGGCUAUUGUGGCUGUUACCUAAUCUAGUGGUUUUCAUGGGAAAGUACUUUUGCAGCUACAGUUGAUACAAAAGGGACUUCUACUGCCUUUGCCGCCUUUAAACAGCAAGAGUGUGCAAACAGAAAGUCUGCUAUUGCAGACCCUCCAAGUGUCCCUCUUUUCCAGGGACAGUCCUGGAUUUACAGAAGCCAUCCCAGUUUCUGAUUUGACCCCAGAACGUCCCAGUUUUCCUUAAUUUUAAGUUCCUGCAGCAUCUGGGUCCUAACUGGCAAUCACCUUCCUGUGCCCUUAUUAAUCUGUUUUAGUUAAAUAAAUGUUUGCCCACCUGCCUAACUCACUGUGAUGCUUUGUCAGCUGGGGCUGGGGCACUUUGCCCGACGGGGCUCCCUCUAACUUGUGGAGCGAGUGCCCUCACUAGCUAGGGCAGGCAUCCCUGAACAGGCAAUUUCACGGUCCAGCCACUUGACGGGAACAGUCUCCACUGAAAAGUGUAAGCCAUCCCACCCAAUACAAAAAGGAUGUACACGCUACAUUCAAUGUGUGUGCCAUCCGGGUACUUGCCUAUGCCAUAGCUUAGCUGUGAAAAGCAUUGAGUGGGCACUCUUUUCACACAAACAGUUGUAGAAAUAGAUCAUGCUUGCGUUCAGCGUACCAUUGAGGUGGGGAAGUGACGAAAGUGAUGAAUCAUAGAAUCAAGAGAGCUCUGGUGUUGUUCCAGCAACAGCUGCCCUUCGGCUCAGCCUUAGAAAGGAGCAGCACAGAAUAACAGAAUCAAAGAGCUGUAGAGUUCAUGCAGCUACCAGCAUGAGUUUGACCAAACUGCAGGAGGCAGUGGAAGACAGGAGUGCAUGGCGUUCUCUGGUCCAUGGGGUCUGAAGGAGUCGGACACGACUAAACAACUAAGCAACAACAAAAGAGUUGGAAAGCACCACGAGGGUCAUCUAGUGCAACCCCCUGCAAUGCUGGAAUCUUUUGCCCAACGUCGGUCUCAAAGCCAUGAAGGAGUGUCUCCACUCCUAUCGUUCAGCCCGGACACGGAGGUCCAGCUCCGCGGGCCUUCUGGCGGUUCCCUCACUGCGAGAAAUGAGGUUACAGGGAACCAGGCAGAGGGCCUUCUCGGUAGUGGCACCCACUCACUAUCUGACUUUUAGUAAACAUCUGAAGGCAACCCUGUUUAGAGAAGUUUUUAAUGUUUGAUGUUUUAUUGAGUUUUUAAUAUUCUGUUGGGAGCUGCCCAGAGUGGCUGGGGAAACCCAGCCAGAUGGGCAGGGUAUAAAUAAAUUAUAUUAUUAUUUAUUAUUAUUAUACUUUGAGAUUCUCAUGCCAUGCCAACUGAACUAUGCCAUAACCGCAGUGCCCUUGCUUAACAGCCUCUGAUUGCUUUGACCCAGGAAAACAGCCCUUGAUCGCUACAGCCUUGAGAAAGCCGGCUUCACCCACAUCCUCAACGCAGCCCAUGGCCGGUGGAACGUAGAUACGGGACCAGAAUACUACAGGGACAUGGACAUCGAGUACCACGGGGUGGAGGCAGAUGAUCUGCCCACCUUCAAUCUUAGCCAGUUCUUUUACUCUGCUGCCGAAUUCAUUGAUAGAGCACUCCGGAAUGAAACAAGUAAGGAAAAUGGGCUUCCGUCCGGGCGUUAUCUGCAAUGGCCUAACUGGCAUGGUGUGUGAGGCUGCUGAACCUAAGACCAUCACCAGGCAUGGGUGUUUUCUCUAACCCUGUGAUCCUGUGUCCAUAUGGGUGGGAGGAGGUAAUUUCUUGCAGCUACUACAGAUGCUGCAUCCCUAUCUGCCCCUACUUAAAUCACACCUAUUCAGCACCGCUCCUUCCCAUGUGUGGCUAUGCUGCUUUAUUUUAAAAAAUGGACACAUAAACUAGAACAAGCAAUCAAAGAACCUCCGAGUAUAUGCAGAAGACAGUGCAUGAACAGCCUGCUCCCAAACACUGCAGGCAACCAAUCUCCCACUUUGAGCACCUCUUGUUUAAAAGCUAACCAUUUGAGUCAGCUGCCUUAAUGCAGGACCUCAAAAUAGUGUAAGCUCAUGGCAAGCGCUCCAAUCCUGCCAGAACGCUUGGCCCACUCCCUUUCAUGGGCAGUGGUGGAAGCGACGGUGGUCAAGGGACAGAAGUGUUUCACCUACUGGAGCUCCACACAUGUAGACAUGGCGAACUGGAUACACGCAUUUGUCACAUGUUACAGUGUGCCCCUUUAAGAGAUUCUAGUUCUCCCAAAAAUGAAUGGAGUCUGGGACAAAGUCUUCAUAAGCCCAGAUCCACUUUGAAACCUUGCAAGCACCAGUUGCUCGCUAGGUGCUGUCUGUGGUGCUGCAACAGCCAACCAGCCUUUCUCUGAGGGCUCCUCCACAGGACCAGAAUAAGACAAGAGUAGUUUGAAAUCCAUGUACCUGAGACAGUCCUUGACUCUGGGUGGGCUUUUCAAAAUCAAUCAUCCCUACCACACAUUCACGAUCCGGGGGGGGGGGUGUCCACUUUUUUUUUUUUUUAAAUGAUAUUUAUUAAAGUUACAAAAAAUAGAAGAAAUACAAAAUACAGAAAAAAGAGUAAUUUUUUUAAAAAAAUAACAAAAAAGUAAAAGAUAAAAAGAAACAUACAAAAUAAAACAGUUAAAAAGACAUUAAUUUUCCAAACCUAUCUUAUUUCCUCGGACCUCCUCAUACCUCCCUUUUUUGUAUUCCAGUUCAGUUUGUUAGUUCAGCAAAUCCUUACCAUUAAACUUUUGCCCAAUUGUAGGCCUUUUUCAUAUCUCUUAAAGCAUUACAGCUAAAAAGCUCUUAGUUUCUAUCCAACAUCCUUCUAAGAUUCCUUAAUUUUACAAUAUUUCUGUAAAUAGUCUUUAAAUUUCUUCCAGUCUUCUUUCACCGACUCUUCUCCCUGGUCUCGGAUUCUGCCAGUCAUUUCCGCCAGUUCCAUGUAGUCAAUCACCUUCAUCUGCCAUUCUUCCACAGUGGGUAGAUCUUGUGUCUUCCAAUACUUUGCAAUGAGUAUUCUUGCUGCUGUUGUAGCAUACAUAAAAAAGGUUCUGUCUUUCUUUGGCACCAAUUGGCCGACAAUGCCCAGAAGAAAGGCCUCUGGUUUCUUCAGAAAGGUAUAUUUAAAUACCUUUUUUAUUUCAUUAUAAAUCAUCUCCCAGAAAGCCUUACACCUUUAGUUGCAGUGCUUAUGAGCCUGGCAGAAUGCUUAAAGGGUUAAGAAUGGGGAUAAGGUCUGGAGACCAGAUCCUCUCUAGUCAAACUGCAAAAUAAAGAGAACAGUGCCAUACCAGAAUAAUUCAUAUCAUAAAUCAUAAGCCAAUCUAAAUACGAGAAAUAACUCGGCUAUUUCUGACCCAAUCCAAAUCGUUCUUCCCUUCCACCCACCUCCAAUUUCCCAAACCCCCUCUCCUUGUCAAACCAGGGGCUGUUAACCCCCAUGUCCCAGACCAAGCAAAGGCCUCAUCUGGCUUUUUUCUCUCCCCCUCCUCCAAGAACCCAAUUUUUGAAAGGGGCAGUAAAAAGGAUAAAAAAAAAAUUAAGUAGGUGUGUCGCUGAGUUGGGUGACCCAAACAGCCUGAUGAGGACGCAAACUGCCCCUCCUCAGUCACCAUUUGAUAAGUGGGGAAGGGGGUGAUAACUUUAUCCUCUGCCGAUUUGCAUGGAUCACCUGGGGGCCCUUGUGGCUGCACACAAGACUGUGGGGUAUCCAUACCCACCACUCACAUAUGACCCUGUGUAAGUAUAAAAGUAAAGGUAAAGGACCCCUGGACGGUUAAGCCCAGUCAAAGGCGACUAUGGGGUUGCAGUGCUCAUCUUGCUUUCAGGUCAAGGGAGCCGGCGUUUGUCCACAAGACAACUUUCCAGGUCAUGUGGCCAGCAUGACUAAACCGCUUCUGGCGCAACGGGACACUGUGACAUAAGCCAUGGGGGCACAGAAACGCUGUUUACCUUCCCGCUACAGUGGUACCUAUUUAUUUACUUGCACUGGCGUGCUUUCAAACUGCUAGGUUGGCAGGAGCUGGGACAGAGCAACUAGAGCUCACUCUGUUGCACGAAUUUGAACCGCUGGCCUUCCGAUCAGCAAGCCCAUGAGGCUCAGUGGUUUAGACCACAGCGCCACCCGCUCCCCUGGAUUUGCCCAACACCAAUGGCAAAUGGAGAAGUGCCAGUGGCAAAAAAUCUGAAUGGUUUCUCUCUUUUUCUUCACUUCCACAGGCAAGAUUUUGGUCCACUGUGCUAUGGGUCGGAGCCGCUCAGCUGCCUUGGUCUUGGCGUAUCUGAUGAUUUACAAGAACAUGACUGUGGUUGAUGCCAUUGAUCAAGUGCUCAAGCACCGGUGCAUUCUCCCAAACCGUGGCUUCCUGAAACAGCUCAGAGAACUGGACAUAAAGCUAGCCCUGGAGAGGAGCAAAGCCACAAACGGGAUGGAGUGUAACCAAGAGGGCAGCACAGAGACGGAGAUCUAACAUUCCCUGUUUUCUAGAAAAGAAUUAGUUUUAAAAGGAAAUGGGAAACUUGAAAACAAUUAGGCAAAGGGAGUCAUUUGUUACCAAGUAAAGCUGGGGGAGCGGGGGCGGGGAAGAGACUCAGUAGCACUUCAAAUGCCUUAAGCGUAUUUUCAGCUUGAAAAUGCACUAACAUGGUAGGAGGUCUUCAAAGAAACUUGAAAUACACAGAGAAGGCUUCCUUCAUGCUGUUUUUCAGAGCUUUCUUUUACAGAGGGGGCUUGGGAAGAAACCUGAAAACCCAGUCACCCAAAGAGUCAAUCAACAGUGCAUAAGAAGAAAGGACCAAACGGGAUUUACGAAAAGUCACUGCUGGAAACUGUUUGUCACUUGUUUUAACUUUGUGGGUUAGGAGGCCUGCAACUGCUCUAGCGUAUGGUCAGAAAAGGGCAUCUCUGUAUUUCAGUACACACACACACACACACACACACACACACACACACAUUGAUAGGGUUGGUAGAUGGACCUUGCUGGGUCAUCUGUCUCCUGGAUGGACUUCUUUCAAAUCUCACCCUCAAAAACAGUAUAAGAGACUAUUUUCUUAUUUGCAUAGACUCCAAUGAACACGUGCAAAUGGUCAGCGACCACCUUUUCCAUUGUGGGAAAAGGCAGAGACUCUUAAAAGCCUCUUGGCAAAUCGCUUUCUCUCUGCAUUAUCACAAGCACCUUAGCAUACAUCUUAUCAUCAAACCAGGAACAUAGUGGGCUGUGUUGCCUGCCAUCAUCUGUAUGGAAAGACAAUGGGAAUGAAAUGUUCAGAGACUAUGCCUAUCCUGGUCAGGGUAAAGCUAUGUCGCAGUGGCCAUUAAGGUCAUUAGCAGAGGGACCGAAGUCACUGGAUAAAGCCCAGCACAAAUUUGACAGAAGCUGUCCACAUACAUCUUUACCCUAACUGGUCCUCCACCCCAACAGGGACACAGGAGGGCGCAAACUCUCAUUUCAAGUACUAGGAGCACAAUGAUGUUGUUUCUACAAUGCCCUCUUUGGAGGAAAAGUUUAGAGCCCAUUGCAAAAGUUGUACAUCCAUUGUGUUUCCUUCCCAGUGCCAGUUUUGAUAGUACUGUAGUUGUAGAAACCAAGGCAGCCUAAAUAUGUGUGUUAGACUCACAUCCACAACUGUUGGAGUGACUUCAACCCUGCACGUGGCUGCUGAUAACACUAACAGAACCUUUUAUCUUCCAGUUCUGAAACACAUAUUCCACAAUGGAACACAAUAUAUGCCCAAGCAGAGUUUAUAAUUCCAACCACUUCUCUUGGCUUCAGCCUUCAACGAAGCGACAACGUAUCUGGAUUGGGGCACCAAUUUAGUGUCCUCCAGAUGAUGGUGGAUGUUAAUCAAUCAGCCCCAGCCUACAUGACCACUGGUCAGGGAUGAUGGGAGUUGUAGUCAAACAAUAUCCAGAGAAUACCAUGUUGACCACCUCAGAUUUAAACAAACCCAUCUGAACAACCACUACUCCAGAGGUCUUCUCUAACCAGCUGUCCAGCAUCUGCAAGGCUGGAAGCUUCAAAUUAAAUCCAGAACAUCUCCCAGAAAACAGCUUCUUAUAAAACCAAGCUUAACAUCCUCUGAAGGGUUUGCAAGAUCUACGGUAAAACUCAAGUCUCCUCCACUUUUAUUCCACAUCUUCAUGAAGAGAUCUUCACAUUACACCAAGGCCCUCUCUCCAUACAAAAGGUAUUGCUUCUGUCUACUAUGACCUUCACUUAGUCAUUGAUCCUCCUACCAUUCGAAUUUAGUGUAGCUUCCUUAAAAAUAUGAUUUAUAUGCACCAUGUAUUCUGGCCUGACAUUGCUGAAAGGGUAGGAACAUGGCUAUUGAUACCAGGCAUCACUUUCGACUGGUACUAUCAGAGACAGAGAGAUCAGUACAGUGGUAUCUCGGGUUAAGUACUUAAUUCGUUCCAGAGGUCCGUACUUUUAACCUGAAACUGUUCUGAACCUGAAGCACCACUUUAGCUAAUGGGGCCUCCUGCUGCCGCUGCGACGCCGGAGCACGAUUUCUGUUCUCAUCCUGAAGCAAAGUUCUUAACCCGAGGUACUAUUUCUGGGUUAGCGGAGUCUGUAACCUGAAGUGUAUGUAACCCGAGGUACCACUGUAAUUGCUGCUGAAGUUUGAAGUAUUGUUAGGUCAUAACAGUGAAUUUCAUAAUCCUGAAGGAUGGGGAAGGCAGCUGAGCUGGUCACAGAGAGGUCCUCUAGGAGCCACACUUAAAAACACACACACACACCCAAAAAACAAAUUACGUGGCAAAAAGUAUGGUAUAUGUGAACCUAGUCUCCGUUUCUUCCAAUGUGUGUACAACUCUCCCUGCACCCCAAGCAAUUAAGGCUCUCUUUAACAGCUGCUUAUGUCAUUUACAGGUCUUUGGGUUCUCAUAUAUCAGAGUUAAUCAAAAAAGGACUAAACAGUGCUAAAGUGUUAUUCACCUGUUAGCAGGCAGGGCAAUUUGUUUCACUUCAUGGUACUAAGUGCUCUGUGAAGGGGGUCUCCCCCCCCCCCCGCAAAGGUAGGGAAAUGAGGGACCUUGGCAGGGAAAGCUCAGUAACUCUUAUCAGCAUGAGAGCUGAAAUACUAAAAGCUGUGAUGAACACAGCCAGCACCUCCAUCCAUGAUGUACCACCUUUCAUUCUGGGAAACAACAAUUGCACUUUGGCGUAAGUUAAGCAAGUCCAGCCAAUGAUUAAGGACCAAUCUGUGCCAUAUAAGGGUCUGAUGCUUCUAGCAAUAUGAACAACACAAGGUACUAGGGAGGCUCACGUCUAGGUCAUGGGGUAGAGCCAAUAAAAUGGAAUAAUAAUAAUAAUCCAAGUUUCUAGAUCCCCCUUAUUGAAAUACUUCUCUUAGUGACCAGGGUCCAAGAAUGAGGAAACGAGAAAAACUUUUGCCAAGCAUUGUUAAGACAGGCAACGUCUUUACAUUUCAACAUUAAUUACACAUACAUUUCUCCCCCACCUAUUUUCCCUAUUAACAAGAACUCUUUGAACUUUAUGCCUCGGUUUUCUCUGGCAAUUUUCCUGCAACAAAAACUUUCACCUGCUCAUUUUGCCUCCGACGGCUGAUGCAACUUUGCAAAAGAGGCUGACUUCAAGUAAUGAUUCAGCAGAAUCUUGCAAGGCAUUCAUCAACCAAAGGAUCCUUUCAUACAUUAAAGUACAUUUUUAAAGCUGUGAAGUGUAAAUGCAUCAAAAGCAUGCUCUUGGAAAUAUUAUCUUACAGGUACCCUGAUAGAGGAGCUAUGACUGGCCAUGUUGCAGGGAGACUUAAACAUUGGGUUGCCUCUGUAUGAUGUGAUGCCACAGGAGUGUGAAAUGGCCAGGGGGGGUUUCUGCAGUGGAAUUUCCUGAACCCCAAGUCAGGCUGCAACACUCAAGCUGAUCUUUGAUUCCUGUGUUCAGAACCGCAAACCUUUACCAAAUAAAUCUUGGUUG